AUGACUACUCCUUCACGUCGUCGCCUGAUGCGGGACUUUAAAAAACUUCAGGUAAAUUAUUAACUAUGUUGUUAUUGCUUGUUUAGGAAGAUCCUCCAUCUGGUGUUAGUGGAGCACCAACAGAAGAGAACAUAAUGGUAUGGGAGGCGAUUAUCUUUGGUCCGCAGGACACUCCAUUUGAAGAUGGUACUUUCAAGUUGUCUUUAGAGUUCACUGAAGAAUAUCCAAACAAACCUCCUUCAGUCAAGUUUCUGUCAAAAAUGUUCCAUCCCAAUGUUUAUGCUGAUGGCAGUAUUUGUUUAGACAUUUUACAGGUAAGCGAUGAUUUAUAUUUUUUAAUUGAUAGACGUGUAUUUUCAAAUUACAAAAUAGUUUUAUGUUAUAAAAUAUUGCUUUAGAAUCGAUGGUCUCCAACGUACGACGUGGCUGCCGUAUUAACUUCAAUUCAAUCACUACUCGAUGAACCUAAUCCAAACAGUCCUGCUAACUCGGUAGCUGCCCAAUUAUAUCAGGAAAACCGAAGGGAAUACGAAAAACGAGUACAAGCUAUUGUAGAGCAGGUAUGUUUGGUCAUCUUUAUGCUAAAGAUUUAUAUAUUAUAUCUACAACUGAAACGUUGAAAAUCGAAAUGUUAACUUUGCCAAUAACCCAUUUUAAAUCCCUAAUAUUGUAGUUCGGUUAUAAACAUGAAAUUUUAGUCUUGGCAGGCUUUCAACGACGAUGGUGAAGAAGAAGGUGAUGAACCAGAACCCGAAUCUCAAACUCAGCCACAGGAAGAGCGGAUGGACUUUAACGAAAUUGUGAGAAACGUGAUCGACUCGGCUACACGACCUCCAGAAUUCAAUGACGACGAGGAGUUGCAGGAAGCGUUGCCUCCGCCACCAGCUCCUCCAGCACAAGAUUAA